UGACACGAGAAAAAAAGUCUUAAAUAGCAUUAUUGUGUGAAUUAGAAUCAUAUUUUGAGACGAUUCGACUAUAUACAGCAAAUUUGCAAAGCACAGAUAACGAGAAAUUAGACUUUUAAUGUGCUGUUAGGCCCCUCCUCCUGUUAAAGCCCGCUGGCGCCGCCAUCUUGCUGAUGACGUCAGCGGUAGAACGAUUUCAGGCAGCUUUAGCAUUGAGCCCAAUGGAGGAGGAAACAUUUUCCAGCGAUUCUGGUUCAAGUUUGGAAUUUUCAAACAUAAUUGGCGAUCCAGAGGAAGUAUGUGCCAUACAGCCAUAUAGGUUUGAGCCAUAUUUGGAGGAAAAAGAUAUGGAAUCAGAAAGCAGCGACACAGACGAGACUGAGCCAAACUCCCAGGAUGACCACAGCAGACUGGGCAACACUGCAUGGUGUUCAUGUGAAUGCUGUGCAGUGAUGCCCACAGUAGAUGAGUGCGUUUGCUGUGGUGAACAGGAGCGAGUCAGGGAGAAGAUGGAGGGGGCUGGGGUCCAAUGUAUUACCCAGCACCCUGGAUUUCAGCCCGUGUGCCUGAACGUAGACGUCCUUCAGACAGCCUAUUAUGCCUACAGGCAAAAUUAUGAGGACCAGUCAGGAAACAACUGGAAACGUUACACGGCGUAUCGCCAGUUUGUGCGCUGGGUGUACGAGUUCCUGGGGCGGGGGAUCAGGGUUCCUCUACCAGCCUGUGUGGUCGCGCAGAUCAGGACAAGCUUCCCAUCACCGGAGUUUGUUGGAUACCAACCUUGUAAUCCUCCCUAA